CGGGAGUGCCAUGGGACAGCUGAUAGCCAAACUGAUGCGAAUUUUUGGGAGCCAGGAGCACAAAGUCAUCAUCGUCGGACUGGACAAUGCAGGAAAGACCACCAUUCUCUACCAGUUUCUGACCAACGAGGUCGUUCAUACCUGUUCCACCAUUGGUAGCAACGUGGAAGAAAUUGUUUUUCAGAAGACCCACUUCCUCAUGUGGGACCUAGGGGGCCAGGAGGCACUGCGCUCCACCUGGGAGACAUACUAUUGGAAUGCUGAGUUUGUCAUCCUUGUGAUAGAUAGUACUGACCGGAAUCGGCUGUCGACCUCCCGGGAGGAGCUGUAUAAGAUCCUGGCCCAUGAGGCACUUCAGGAUGCCUCAGUGCUGAUCUUCGCCAACAAGCAGGAUGUGAAAGACUCCAUGACCACAGCAGAGAUCUCCCAAUUUCUCACACUCAGUGCCAUCAAAGACCACCCGUGGCAUAUCCAGGGCUGCUGUGCUCUCACAGGAGAAGGGUUGCUGGCUGGGCUCCAGUGGAUGCAAUCUCAGGCCACUACCAACUGAUGUCCCAGCCCAAGGCCAACCGGAAGCCACAUGGUUAGCACCAGUGAGAAGCACCAGUCAUUUGUUGGUGGAACAAGGGUGGUUAUAGACAGAGAGAUUACUACAGUCCUCUCAACUGUCACCGAGAACUGUAUCAAAGACUUCAAGUUGGUGCAGACAGGACUACAGAUGAAACUGCCCCUCCCCCCAACUCCAUCACUGCAGGUGUGUGGAGACAUCAGGGAACUCGCUGGGGGUAUUGGGGACAUCAGGUCUCUCCCAGCCCUCACCUUCUGUCUGCCCGGCAAGCAAGAGAUCUUCGACAUUGUUCCAUAUCCACUGAACGAAGGAGAUUCUGAUAAAAGAGGCGAUAGGACCUGGCCAAAAACUGGGGGAAUAGGGGUGGAGAGUUGGUGAAUGGGAAGAUAGAACAUUCCAGACAGACGCAGUUCUCCACACUGCAGGACUCCAAGCCCUUCCACCCCCACCCGCUCGCCUUCCUGCUCCUUCUUAGAAUCCAGGGCUACAGCUUCGUGGGGGGGGGGGCGUGGAGGGGGAGGGGAGUCACCACGUGGAAUCUCCUUCCCUCUCAGCAUCCUUCCACUAUGGGUGUGAUGGGUUUGAGUCCUCUUAAAUGUUAAAGCUUUCUAUAGGACCUACUUAGUUUGUCUUUAUGUCAUAUUUUUUUAAACAUCUCAUUAAGAUUUAAAACUUAAAGGUACAUAAUUAGUGCCCC